CUGCGGCUCCGCGCGGCCUGCAGUCCCGGGCCCGCGCCCCGCGCCGCCCGCCCGCCCGCCGCCAUGGAGCCCGGCCUUGACGGCCCCGCUGCCUCCGGCCCCGCUGCCAUCCGUGAGGGCUGGUUCCGCGAGACGUGCAGCCUGUGGCCCGGCCAGGCCCUGUCUCUGCAGGUGGAGCAGCUGCUACACCAUCGACGCUCGCAGUACCAGGAUAUCCUCGUCUUUCGCAGUAAGAGCUACGGUAACGUGCUGGUGUUGGACGGUGUCAUCCAGUGCACAGAGAGGGACGAGUUCUCCUACCAGGAGAUGAUCGCCAACCUGCCUCUCUACAGCCACCCCAACCCACGCAAGGUGCUGAUCAUCGGGGGCGGGGAUGGGGGUGUCCUGCGGGAGGUGGUCAAGCAUUCCUCCGUGGAGUCGGUGGUCCAGUGCGAGAUUGACGAGGAUGUCAUUCAAGUCUCUAAGAAGUUCCUGCCGGGCAUGGCCAUUGGCUACUCUAGCUCAAAGCUGACCCUACACGUGGGUGACGGUUUUGAGUUCAUGAAACAGAACCAGGACGCCUUCGACGUCAUCAUCACUGACUCCUCAGACCCCAUGGGCCCUGCUGAGAGUCUGUUCAAGGAGUCCUACUACCAGCUCAUGAAGACCGCCCUCAAAGAGGACGGCAUCCUCUGCUGCCAGGGCGAGUGCCAGUGGCUGCACCUGGACCUCAUCAAGGAGAUGCGGCACUUCUGCAAGUCGCUCUUCCCUGUGGUGGACUACGCCUACUGCACCAUCCCCACCUACCCCAGUGGCCAGAUCGGCUUCAUGCUGUGCAGCAAAAACCCAAGCACCAACUUCCGGGAGCCCGUGCAACAGCUGACGCAGAAGCAGGUGGAAGAGAUGCAGCUGAGAUACUACAACUCCGACGUGCACCAGGCAGCCUUCGUCCUGCCCGAGUUUGCCCGGAAGGCUCUGAAUGAUGUGCACUGAGCCCAUGUGCCGCUGCCCACGCUGCCCAGGACCUUGGCCAGGGAGCCUCCGGGGCGCCUGGGCCGCACCAGCCCUGGACAAGACCCCCGCUGGCUCGCCCACCGAGUGUUACAGGCCCCAGAACGCUGCCCAGCCGGCCCUGCUGGGCGGACUGUGUGUCUUCCUGUGUGUGGAGUUCAGCCUCCAAGCCUAUACCAGCUGUGUACAGCAACCGCCCACCUUCUGUCGCCCCUCACUCGCCAAACACGUGUAUUUAUAACAAAAUGCUGAAUUGUGUGUCCCUGGACUUCAAACUGGCCCAGGCAGGGGCUGCAUCAGCCAUUAAUGGGUUCCCCCGUGUGCCAGGCCCUGAGCUGGCCCCGCUGUCUGGCCUUCGAUUGUCUGCCGUGGGAGUAGGCAGGCCUGCCUCCUUGUGUAACCGUGGACCGGCCCCUUGAGCCCCGUGGUGCCCAGGGAUGCGGCAGUCAUCUAACUGGACCCAAGUCUGUCCCGAGAAGCUUUAGGCAUUCCUUCACCAAGCCCUGCACAAGGCUGGUGGUGAUAGGCCCAUGGGGCCCGGGCUGGGGGUUGUCAAAGUCAAGGGCUUUGCUUUGUCUUGGGGCCGCCCGGCAGGGUCCUCAGAAGACUCUGGGCCAGGUCCCAUCCUGGGGUGGGUGCGGACGUGACCCCAGAGGCAGCUUUGAGGAGCAUGACUGGGGUCCGGUUCCCUGGGCCUGCAAGUCAGGGGCCUUGACUCGGCUCAGGUUACAGACCUGGGUUCAGAUCCUGCUGCCCCCCUCGCGAGCCUGCCCUCUGGUAAGUUCCUAGAAGCUUCCCCCAAGUGUUGAGAGGUUGAGAAAGCAGGUGUGGGCGGCUACACAAGGACUCUGUGGGCAUGUGACUGUCCCCUCUCCAAGGUGCUGAACCGGCAGGCGCCUCGGUCCUGCUGACUGCGGGGACUGAGGGUCUGGUGGUGGGACAGGAGCCACCACAACAAGAUGCAGGCUGGGGGAGGGGGCCUCCAGCCCCCUCCUAACUCGGGGGAUUGGCCCCUGCUCCUUGCAAAAGCCAGCAUCACCUCCCCCGCCCCACACCUGCCCUCGGCAGGGACGUGGUCAGGGAAUGUGUUAACCUGGGAGACUGGGGCUGGCAGGUUGGGGGCCAGCGUGGGUGUGGGAACCCUGGCGGUGGUUCAAGGAUACUCCCAACCCCGCUCCUACCCUGGGCACCCACCUUGGAGGCCCCACUCGGCAGGAGCUAAGACUGCAGUCAUAAUAGGGGUGGGAACAGGGGUCCAGCUGUGCCACCAACUCCUCGAGUGGCCUCAGGCCAGUCACCCACCCCCUCUGGGCUUCCCGUGCUCCACCCUCACGAAGCCCCUGGUCUGUGAGCAUGUUUUGGGGUUCAUCCCUGGUCAGCAAGUCUGAUCCCAAGCUAACCUCCCCAUUCCAACCCCCCGGUCUUCCCCCUCCCGCGGAGGCCCGGCGGAGUCAGGACUCGGCUGGGCUGCAAGAAAGUACCAGGCAAGGGAGGACUGGUGAUGGCCAGCUAUGGAGCGCUGUCCUGUCACCAGCUUGACAAGGAAGGCAGGAAGGAAGAUACUGUUAAAUCCACACAAGAUGAGGUGACAUGCCCGAGGCCUUACCAGGCAGCUGGUCUCCCAGGAGCCACUCCGCCCCGUGGGCCUCUGCAGCUCAGCCGGAGCACCCUGGGGCUCCCAGCAGGGGCAGCUGCCUGGACCUCCACUCUCAGUGGCCCUCCUCCCCGUGGCUCAUCUUACUGGCCAGGCUCCAGGAAGGUCCAUCAUGAGGAUGACCCAGGGAAUGAAGGUGGGCAGGGAAGGGGGGCGGUCCCAGCGCUGGGGGCACUGGACCUGGGUCACACGAACUCUGUGACUUGAGCUACGCACAACUCCUGACUCGGUCACCCUGUCUGUAAAAUGAGAGCAGUGGUCCUCAGCUGUUACAGGGCUUCAUUAAGGAGCACGUGUCACGUCGUUCUCACUGAGCUGGUGGAAAUCAGGAUUUCUUCUCAGGGCAGAGGAAGAAGAGAGGGCCCAGGUUGCAGAAGUAGCUGCAAGAAUGCCUGACCUGGACUAGAAGGUGUCUGCAGUGUCAGUCCCUCCACUUCCCCAACUUUUAGUGGCAUCUGCGUGCAUGUGCCCACCUGGAAAGGGUGGGCGUUGAGGACUGAACCCCACAGCUGGGUGGAUGUGAUUUGAACACAGGCUGAUCCACAGAAGCAGAAGCAAAAGCAGGUGUUCGGUGGGGGUGUGACCUGAGUCCUCCAAAGUUCCAGAAAUCUGGAAGAGGGCCGUGAACAGGCCCAGUCUGUGGCACGGAGAAUAAAAUCAAUCCUAUCCAGAGCUCUGAAAUUCAGGUAUUAAAAUCAGCCCUGCCCACAGAUGUAGAGAACAAACGUAUGUACACGAGGGGGGGAUGAGUUGGGAGAUUGGGAUUGACAUAUAUACACUAAUAUGUAUGAAAUGGAGAACUAAUAAGAACCUGCUGUAUAAAAAAAUAAAGUUAAAAAAAAAAUUAGCCCUGCUUCCCCUCCCCCCGCCCCCAGUUUAAGGAUACAAGUAGUUCCCAUGCGGAUUGUUAGGAGAGAAAGAGCAGCCCUGCUGUACCUGCUUUUCUCCCUGGAGGCAGCCGCGUUUACCUCUUUCAGCUGAGCAUUUUGCUCUGCCUCUAAACAAUGUGCUUGUAUUACUACUUCUCGAUUUGUCAGUUUCAGUCAUAAUUGUUGAUUUUCCACCGGGGAACGUGAGGAUUUAGCUCUUUGCUUCCCUGCCCCACCACACUCUCAAGCAUUCAACGAUAACCUUGGUUGGCUCCGCAAUCAGUGUUUGCACCGUUACAAGUUAGGCAAAUGCCGUUCUCAGCUGAGACUCAGAGAAAAUGGUAACUUUUUAUCUCUGGCACAGCUUGUUUUUCCUGGAGGGUUUUUGCAUUCGCUUCAUUUUCAAUAAAUUUAUCACUAAUUUAGCCCCAAACUUUUACCAAAUCGCUAAAGCUCUUAAGACGUUUGGAUUCAAAACACUUCCUGAGGUUCUGGUCAAUGUGCUAAUCAGUUGUGUUUUUUUUUCCUUAUUGUGAGAUUCUAAGUAUUUUACGUAGCCUCAUUAUAAUUAUAAUUCAUGAUUAUAUUUAUUGGAAUGUUCAGUAAUAAGAAACUAAUAUACAUACCGUGCAUUUAUUAUGAGUUGUACCAUAAUGUAUAUAACACUUUCAUUUAGGAAAAAUAAUUACUGGAAAAAAAUUUUUUUGGAGGAUCUCUGGACUCUACCGGUGUCCUAUCAUUUUCAUCUUCCUGAAGAAUCUGUUCCAAGCCUCCUGACUACCCCAAGUGGGAUACCCUGUCGGGACUCUUGUCUCUUGGACCCCAUAUCUUCCUGUUUCUUGGUUUACUCCCUCGUUCUGGUGAAGCAUAUCCUAGAGGAGCCUUCUGAGAAAGGGGACAAGGGAUGAACGUUUUCAAUAACCUGACAUGCAUGAAUCUCUUGAUUCCAUCUUCAUGCUUAAUUGAUGGGUACAGAAUUUGGUUGAGUAUAGAAAUACGUUGGAAAUUAUCUUCCUUCAACAUUUUGAGAUUUGCUGUUUUCCAGUGUUAUCUAUUCCUGUGUUUAAAAUUAGCCCAA